GCACAAGGUUGAAAUUCUCCCGAGAGCUCCAUUGCUGCAUAAUUUGAUUAGAGGCAACACCGGACUGUUGAAAUGACAUCUAUUUGGGAUGAUUUGGAGCUUCUAGUUGAUUCCACAUCUUCUUUUACAGCAAAGCCUGGGGAGCGAGGGACCAUCAAAGACAAAGCUGGUUUCAACGCAGGCGAAGAUGCUGUUGCUCUGCGGAAAGCCAUAGAGGGCAUUGGCACGACUGAGAAGACACUGAUUGACAUUUUAUCCCACAGGAGCAGUGCCCAGCGUCAGCUCAUCUGUCAGGCUUACCUAGAAGCAACCGGCAGGACUCUCAUUGAUGACCUGAAGGGUGACACCCAUGGUCAUUUUGAAGAUCUUCUAGUUGCUCUGGCCACACCUCCAGCGAUCUAUGAUAGUCAUGAGGUUGCACAUGCAAUGAAAGGAGUCGGAACAACCGACAGUACUUUAAUAGAAAUAUUUGCCUCAAGAUCCAACAAACAAAUUAAAGACCUUUGUGAAGUCUACUUGGCUGAAACAGAGAGGAAAUUGACACAUGACCUCAAGACUGAAAUAUCAGGUCAAUAUGCUACCGCCCUUCUUAUCUUGGCUGAGGGGAACAGGGAUGAGAGCAUGAACGUGGAUGAGGAAAAAGCCAAAGAGGACGCUAAGACCCUGUAUGACGCUGGCGAGAAGAAGUGGGGCACGGACGAAAGCAAGUUCAUCGACAUCCUCUGCCACAGGAGCAUACCGCAGCUGAGGAAAACGCUAGUGGAGUACAAGAAUAUAAGCGGAAAGACCCUCCAGCAGAGCAUCGAGGGGGAGAUGUCUGGCUUGCUUGAGGAGCUUUUGGUGGCAAUUGUGAAAUGUGUGAAGAAUGUCCCUGCCUACCUGGCUGAAAGGCUCUUCAAGAGCAUGAAGGGCGGGGGAACGGAUGAGGACACUCUCAACAGGAUAAUGGUCAGUCGCUCUGAGAUUGAUCUGCUGGACAUCAGGGCCGAAUUCAAAAAGCUGUUCGGCUACUCACUGCACUCUGCUAUCGAGUCGGAUGUAUCUGGGAGCUAUGGGGACUGUCUGAAGAUUAUUUGUGGCGGCGAUGACUAACCCAAAUCAAUAGGAGCCCCGGACAGCCUUGUUGCCUUUCGCCUUAAAACCACUUGACAAUGUGUCUCUCCAUUUCAAAGAGAUUUUAUUGGUCACACAUUGUAAAUCAUGGCCUCAUGCAUGAGAUCAAGACCACCAUAGUAAUCCUUUGGUACUUAAUGCAUUUUCUGAGAGCACAUGACAAGUUCUGAGAUCAAACUUGUCAUGUGUCAUUGCUGCCAGAACAAUCCUAACUCUGUCCCAUAUCAUAAAUUCUGCUGCCAUGCCUAUAAUCCACUUGACAACUCAGAUGAUGUUCUUAAUUAUUGUGGUUCUGUUCCGAUUGUGAAUGGUGGCCAUUAUUUUGUUGU